AUGACCUCUACCUUAAAUGUCGAUUGCACCUUACUCCUGGCUCUAGUGUCCGAUCUAUCACAUUUCCAUAAUCUUGAUCCAUCAUCAGGCCAUCAUCCGGCAAUUAUCCGCCAAAUUGAGCUCGAAACGAAACAGCCAUUAGUUACCUCUGAACUUUGGCCAGCAAUGAGUGAUAGGCAGCUUAUAUGCACUGAAGAAGCCGCCAAGAGGAUGUACGAAAUAGUCGAGACAAUUGGUACUGUGAGUGAGAAGCGAAGGACGAAAUUAAUGAUGGCGGGCGACGACUCCGACCUAAACAUUGAUAGAGAGGAUUUGAUAUCCCAGUUUCAGGAUACAUCGGACCACAAAGUUCCGUUAAAUUGGAACAUCCCUAUUAUAGUAGUAAAUGCGCAAGCAGAAAUUGAACGGGGUUGGGCCAACGGUGUCCUGCCGACGGCCGCCCGCAAAGUUGCAAGCCAGUUAAGCGACAUUAACACAAGCGUGUUCUUAAAACAGAAAUGGGGAUGA